AUGCUGAUUGAGCUGGUCACCGCAGAGGCAAUCCUGGAACCAAUGGCACGCACCCGCAGAUCACUCGUCGCCCCCGACUCCCUUCCCCUCGCUGUGGAUCAGCCUCCCCGCCCAUCUUCAGAUUCCUCACUCUCUUCACCACCUCCCUCCCUUCCUCCUUCGCCCCUCCAGGUGGCCCCUCUACUGCCGUCUGCCAACAGGCUUACUCGGGCUUCUCGCACGCUCUCUUCGCUUCCAUCUACACCCGACCCUACUUCUGGCCCCAGUAUCUUCCCAGAAGGCCUUGUUGGCCAUAGUUCCCAACGGGAGAAGCCAAGGCGUAAGUUCUUUCGCCAAUCCAAAGCUCGGGCGCUUCAACUACCAAAACGAGGGAGAUCGCCCGCGCCUGUGGUGCCCAUGGAGAAGAUCCUGAGAGCCUUAGGGGAUGGCGAGCUGGAGAAGAAGGAGGGCCUGAGUCUGAAAAAGUACCCGCAAGACUAUGAAGAGGAGAAGGCAAGCAAGGGGAAGGGCAAGAAGAGGGCAACACCCUCCGAUGAAGAUACAGCCGAAGAAGCCAAGCCAGCGCCCAAACCUCAACACGUCACCAAAAGCUACCUUUCUUCGGGCCUUUACUGCCAAGAAGAGAAACCAAUCACAUCGCAGACUCUCGUCGCCCGUGUCCUAAAGGCAAGGGAAGAAGAGAACAAGGCCGAUAAGUUGAGAAAGGCGGAGGAAAGGAAAACGAAGGGGCGCAGAAGUGAGCCUAUGCGACCGACGGGGGAAGGGGUGAGGACAACGAGGGCUAGAGUCUCUCUCUCGUCUAGUGCCCGACCUCCCCAGAUGCCCACAGAGUUCGAUCCAAAGAAUAAUGUCAAGAAGGACUCAGUGACAGUCCAGACUGACCGGCCCAUCCUGCCUCCCCUUCCCUAUGAUUUCGGCUAUACGCUCUUCUUCGGGAAGCAGCAUGAUUUUGAAUUACCUUACAAUAUCAAAGAGGAAUUCGCAAAAGGGGUUCUGGAUGGAAAGAAGAAGCCUGAUGGUUUCACCAAGAUCCGAGCGAAUAUAUAUCCCGAGCGACAAAAGAUUGCCUCGGAUAUCAAGGCUGUCUGCAAGUGUGAUUCCACGUCAAAUUGCGGCGAGCAAUGUAUCAACAGAAUUAUGAGCUAUCUUUGUGGAAAAGGGUGUCCUUGCGCCGAGAGGUGUGAGAAUAGGAGCUUGAACAGGCGAAAGGCGCCGAGUUAUAAGGUCACUUAUAUGGGGGCGAGAGGAUUCGGGAUCGUGAUUACUGAGGACGUGUCUGAAGGUGAUUUUAUUAUGGAUUACCGUGGAGAGGUUAUCGAUCUUGAUACCUUCCGUGAUCGAAUCUGCACCACAUACAGACUCACCAAGAAUUACUAUGCCCUCUCAUACUCCCCCUACGAAGUCAUCGACGCAGGACUCAGAGGUAACGACGCGCGCUUCAUUAACCACGGAUGCGCGCCAAACUUGGAGGUGAGAAAGUAUCAGACCUUAGGGGAUGGCUGGGAGGAGUACGAGGUGGGAAUGUGGGCAUCGAGGGAUAUCAAGAAAGGGGAAGAAUUGUUUUACGAUUAUAACUUUGAACAUUUCUCAGCCCAGCCUUUGGGCUCUCAGACUCGCUGUGCGUGCGGUGCACCCAAUUGUACGGGCUACUUUGGCCGGCGUCCGGCUCAAUCCUCUACGAUGCCCGUCGCCUCUGAAGAAAGCAGGGGACAAGCACCGGAAAGCUACGAACGCGGACAAAGAUCCGGGAAACCUGUACCCUCGAAGGGUAAAAUGGGUAGACGUCAACAUUUGCAUCCUGUUACAUCAGUAUUGGCCUCGGCAUCUCGAUCCAGAAGAACGGUGGUAGUUUCUGCCUCCACUCGUUCCGCCCCGUCUCUCAUCAGGAGCAGCUCAACGUCGUCCAACGAUGUUCCUCUCAGGACACCAGAGCCCAUCAUCGUCGAAGUUCAGCCGACCGAUGACGCUGUCCAGGAGAGCGCAGAUGGAGAUGCCAGGUUGCUGAAAGUUGGCAGGAAGAGGAAGUCUGCGCCUGUGCCUAUCGGGCAAGAAAAAGGAGGUGAAAGAGUGAUGAAAAAGAAGAGGUCGUUUAUGGUACCUUCUGUUGUUAUCACGACAGCAUCAAAGCACGCAGUGAAUGGCAGUGCAGAGGAUCAACAGGGAGGGCGACGGCGGUCGACGCGAGGGAAAGCAUAG